AUCCGCUCGGGCGUCGUGCCGCGCCCAGGACUCAGUACCCGUGCCAAGCCCACCCAACACCACCUGGUAUUGGUGUUGGGUGGGCUUGGCACGGGUACCAUAGCGCGUUCAGAGUUAGUGGCUGCCAAGCAUUUUAGCCCCAUCGUGAUACAUCAGCUGGACUCUUCAGUCAACCUCGACGUUGCGUUUAUAAUCUCUAGUAAUCAGUGCAUCUGCUUGCGGCCUUUCUUUGAGAAUGACUCGAGCCUGGCGAUAUGCCCGCGGCAUUUUUGUGUUUCGUGA